AUGAACACCCAACUCGCCGAGUUCCUCGCCAUUGGUGAGGAGGUCACGGAUGCUGAAGAGGAAGCCUUCCUCCUCUUCAGUCAAGAGAUCCCCACAGGCAACCUGGGGUUCGUUGACUCCCGCGCUACAACCGUCGAUGUGACGAUCCGUGGCAAUGAGUACUCAAUCCACCAGUCUCCGACGUUGCUCGCGUCGUCUCGUGCCGGAGGCACAACGGGCGCCGUCCUCUGGAAAAUCACACCCCUCUUCGCCGAAUGGAUAUCCUCCCCUUCCAACCCUCUCCGAACACACGGCUUCCUUUCCUCGGACUCCGUGGUAACCGAGCUCGGCUGCGGCAUCUCUGCCCUAGUCGCCUUGGCCUUGGCCCCCAUCGUGCAACACUACAUCGCCACGGACCAAGAGGGUGGUAAAGCUAAAGGCAAGUCUGCGCCUAACAAACAGUCCGUCGGGAACCCGACGGUUUCCAAUAUCACAUUCACUACCCUGGACUGGGAAACGGAUCAACCCGGCUUGCUCAAAGCUUGUAUCGAGUCUGAUACCAGUGGCCGUGAUACGCGUCGUAAUAAUGAAGACGACGAAGAGGAAGAUUUGGGCUUCGACCUUGUGCUCUCUUGCGAUUGUAUCUAUAACGAAGCUCUCGUCGCACCAUUCGUACGCACAUGUGCUGAAAUUGCUCAUUUACGCCCUGCGUAUAAUCCUGCGGAGGAACCAGUCUCUCAGUCUCGGCGCCUACCGACAGUCUAUAUCAUUGCGCAGCAGCAGCGCUCGCCGGAAGUCUUUGAGACCUGGCUUCGGGAGACCUUACGAGAGUUUCGCGUUUGGAGAUUAAGCGAUGAGGCUCUUGGAAAUGGGCUAAAGAGUGGCAAGGGGUACUUGGUACAUUUGCUCCUGGCGAGGGAGACGAAGUGA